ACUUUGCUUUAAUCAAGUACUAUUAAUAGAGGGAUUGAUGAAGUUGCAUUGAGUCAAUAAGGUUGGGCGUGUAAAUCAAAAGACAGCACAUGUUGUGUGCUAUGAGAGCUAAGUUGAAUUGCAAAGUCAUCAUCAAAUUCUUCUAUGAAUAUUUUUAGUAUAUAGUAUUUAAUUUAACAACAUAUAUAUAUAUAUAUACACAUACACACACCCUUUCAGUUCUAGCAAACUCCAUCACUGUGUGACAACAAGCUUAACAAGAUAUUCGACUUUAUAUGGCCUACAUGUUUAUGUAUUAAGCUUAUAUAAGUUAUAAUUAUAGCUUCUUAAGUUUGUUUGGUUUUGUUACUUUGCUCACUUUUGUUUGCAUUCUCUCUUAUCAUCAUUUUCUAUUGAGCCUCAGAUCUGAUCCACAACUAUGGCUGAAAAGGUGACUAUUAUGAGGCUCAAGGUUGAUCUUGAGUGUGACAAAUGCUACAAGAAGGUUAAGAAACUUCUCAGCAAAUAUCCUCAAAUUCGAGACCAAAAGUAUGAUGAGAAAGGAAACAUUGUGACAAUCACGGUGGUAUGUUGUAGUCCGGAGAAGAUUAGGGACAAGCUUUGUUACAAAGGUGGAGGUUCUAUCAAGAGCAUUGAAAUAGUGGAUCUGCCGAAGCCUAAAGCAGCUGAGCCCGAGAAGAAAAAGGAAGGCGAAAAGCCCAAAUCCGUUGAACCUGAGAAGAAAAAAGAAGGUGAUAAGCCCAAAGCUGCUGAACCAGAGAAGAAAAAAGAAGGUGACAAGCCCAAGGCUGCUAAAGAGGCCGAAAAGCCCAAGGCCGCUAAAGAGGCCGAAAAGCCAAAAUCCGCUGAGCCUGAAAAGAAGAAAGAUUCAGAUAAACCAAAGGAUGUAGAGAAGCCAAAGCCCAAACCCGAAGGUGAAAAGCCCAAGCCUGCACCGACUGCUAUGCCUAUGAUGAUACCACAAAUGCCACCGCCAACGCCAAUGGCGGUUCCGGUCGGAAUGUGUUAUAUUCCACCAUGCUACGAGGGUAGACCUGUUGGGCCUUACGGCCCCUACCCUAAUCAGUAUGGUGGGCCAGUAUGUUAUGAUGGAUACUAUGCUAGGCCUGUAUAUGAUAGCUAUGGGGGAAGUGCACCAUGUUAUGUGGGCCGUUGUGAUCAAUAUCUCAGCGAAGAAAACGCAAAUGGAUGCACAAUCAUGUGAUUCUUCGCAUCAUGUUAAGGGAAAUGUUUCUUUGUAUUUUUAAUUAAAAUUCAUAAGUUUCAUAGAUAAAAAAAUUAUGAGGCGGGUGGAAAAUGAAAGUUUAUUUGGUGGCUUAACAUGCAAAUAAUGUAUACUAUAUUAUUAUAAAGUUUAGUUGAGCUUUUGAUAAUAAAAUUGCAAUCUGAUUUGUAGAA